AUGUCCUUGUCAAAACCGUUUCCACUACUCCGUCUACCCAGAUUGCCUCUUUUCAAAGUUUUCAAUGGCAUCGGCGUUCGGGAACAAUUCUACCUCUCAAUAUGCUCGAGCAAAGCAAAAUAUGCUAUCAAGUUCUACAACGAUAGACAAAAGUUCUCUGUGACUUUUCAUUUUAAGGAAACCUUUGCGUUCUCCCUGAAAACCACGUACAGUGAACAUCUGAUAGACGUCCAAACCAUUUUUUUAGCCACCUGGACAGUUUUGAGCAGCGUUGCAGCGAGCUCAGGGACCUCGUGCGAAAAAAAUGUGAAACGACUUCUUUUGGUUUUGGUGGACGUGUUUAAUAUUCCUGCAAUUAGUCUGAAUUUCGAAGAAAGACCUCAGUACUUUGUGAUAGAACUCAUUUGCUUCGUUCAUUCUCUGAAGCUGAAAAUUCAAAGUUUGAAAAUCAAGUCUGAAAAAAAGGACGAUAAAAUUGUGGAAUUUGUUCUGGAUAACCGUAGGGACGCUUCUGAAGUACAUCUGGAAAUCCCAACGACUACUGGAUUUGUCUAUCAGAACAAGCCUUUGAUCCCAAAGUUCAAUUUUGACAAGCUAACAAUUAACUAUGCGGAAUGGGUGACCACGUGGCACCUAACUAAUUUAUUCAUCAAUUGCAAACAUCUGGUACUUUGCAAAUGUUCGACAGUCCAUAUCGACGUCAAUCAAUUCAUCAAAGAAUGGGCGAACGGGUCUUCUCAAUUGAGAUGGGCCAGUCUCACAUUUGAUGAUAACUUCUUCAUGUCUGGUAUUAUGAGAGGGAUAACAUGGAGAAAUGUGUCGCUGAGAAUAACGCUGUGGGGGCUAUACAUCCAUAGAGUUUAUCGCAUCGAACAACAAAAAACUGGACGGGAAGCCUAUGUUUUUACAAAUGAUCGUACCAUUGUGAUUUCUGAUUCUAUCUUCAACCUCUCCAUCUGCUCCACCAAAGCUAAAAACACUAUCAAGGCCUACACAAAGAGAUUCAAGUAUUCAACCACCUUCUACUUUCAAGAAAAUUUUACAUUUUCCCUUGGAACCGGUCCUGGCCAGAAUAUAAAGUUGGACGUGAAGACUCACAAAGACCUUUUCAAGUCACUAUUCACAUUUUUGAGAGUUUCUACAGUAACCAACUCUACAGUACCCACCUCCACCUCUUGGACGCGAUUUGAGAAUGAUGUGAAGUUAUUUCUGCUCUUUUUAAUCGAUGAUUUCCAUAAUCCAGCGGUAUCCCUAAAGUUUAAGGAUAGACGGGAUGUUUUUGUGACAGGAUUCAUUGAAUUCAUGAAUUCCCAGAAUCUAAAAAUUCACAAGUUGAAAAUCAACUCGAAAAAUGGGGAAGAUAAAGUCGUGGAAUUUGUUAUGGACCAUGCGAGACACGUCUCAGAAGUCCACCUGGGAUGUCUCACGACUUCAAGAUUUGAGUACCCAAAUAGGUGUCUCACUCCGAAAUUUAAAAUGGAAAUUCUUAGAAUUAACCAUGCGGAAUGGGUAACCACUUGGCACUUAACCAAUUUAUUCAUUAAUUGCAAACGACUAACACUUCUCGAUUGCACCUCGAGUAAUCUUCAAUUAAACCUGUUUUUCAAAAAAUGGAUAACCACGCCCUCUCGAUUACAGUACGCCGAGUUGCAAUGCUAUUCACCUUCCCUAUCAUUGGCUGGUAUUAUGACAGGGGUACCUGCAAUAAGGUUGCAGCGAGCCGUGGUGGAUGACAGAGUGCUCAACCACGCUUCUUAUCUGAUAACCCAACAAAAAACUGGAGUGAAGGCGCUCGUCUACUGGCAUCGAUUUAUAACAUUGACUACUGAUUUUGAAUUGUGA